ACUCUCUCAGAGCACACCGGUCUUGUUCUUUAACCUCAGCCGACCACAGCCAACCCAGACCCAAGAUGCUCUUCAAGCCACACUACUUGUUGGUCGUCCUGACUCUCUGCUGCUUUGCUGCUCUUCACGCGUUUCCUAUGGGUGGCUUUGCUCCACGUCUGACGUGUCGCUGCAUCCGGACGUCCUCUGCCUUCAUCUCUCCUAUGCGGUUUCACAAGUUGGAGAUCUUACCAGCAGGAUCCCACUGUAGUCGCAUUGAGAUCAUCGUUACCAAGAAGGACAAGACCAUCGUCUGUGUGAAUCCAGAGGCGAGAUGGAUCAACAAAGUCAUUGCCCUGUUACAAAGGAACAAGGCAAGUGCAGGUGUCCCCAUCUCAACCACUACGGACGGCAUCAACACGAUAGUGGAACAGCUACAGUAAAAUUGUAAACCUCAUCACAUCAUUCAAUCUGAAGCAAAAUAGAAUGAACACAACACCAGUUUAUGUAAUACCAAUGCAUUCAUUUGUAAUAACAAAUGAUUUAGUUUCUCUGAAAUAAUCUCUGUACGUAUUAUGUGUUAUUAUUUCAUGUCCUUAUAAUGUAUUGUCUUUAACCCAGAAAAAUAAAGAUGUACAAGAC